AUGUCAAUUGGUGUCGGAUACAAUUACUCGUAUAUCUUUAAGUAUAUUAUUGUUGGUGAUAUGGGAGUAGGAAAAAGUUGCCUCAUGCGCCAGUUUACGGAAAAAAAGUUUAUUCCUGACUCCCCACACACCAUUGGUGUUGAAUUUGCAACUAAAAUAGUUGAAGUGAAUGACCAGAGAGUCAAAAUCCAGAUAUGGGAUACCGCCGGGCAGGAGCGCUUCAGAGCUGUUACUCGAUCUUACUAUCGCGGAGCCGCUGGGGCACUCUUGGUAUAUGAUAUCACACGAAAGCCAACUUUCAAUCGCAUUCAAACUUGGCUGACUGAUGCUAGACGUUUAACGUCUCCGAACACAGUAAUCUUUCUGAUUGGUAACAAGGCAGAUCUCGAGGAGCAGCGUGAUGUUACUUAUGAGGAAGCUAAACAUUUAGCUGAAGAAAACGGUCUUAUGUUUUUGGAGUGCAGUGCGAAAUCUGGUGUUAAUGUGGAAAACGUGUUUGUUGAAACUGCUCGAAAAAUAUUCCAAAAUGUUCAAGACGGAAGCGUGUAUCUAAACAGUGUUGAUGGAGGCGUAUUGAGUAAAGGUUCAUUGGCUGCAGGUGCUGGUCGAAAUAAUGUUGAACUUAACACUUCAGCUUCUGGUGAUAGUGGGACACGACAAGGCGGAUGCGCUUGUUGAACUCUUAAUUAUCAUGUGAAAAUGAAUUGAUAUUAGAAGGCGAAGAUGGAGAAAAAAAAGAAUAAAAGAGAAAAAAACUAUACUCUAAAGUAGGAAUCUAUAUUUUCCCGUGAUCAUGAUGUACUACUCAUCAAUUUGUUUUAUUUUACAAAAAAAAAGCUACUGCAUCAUUCUUUUA